AUGGUCAAAGAUCAUCACCAAAAGUCGCUGAGUUUUGAUUCUGGUCAUAAGUGGACGAAGAACCUUUUUCUGACUUUGAGUGCUAGUUUUCUUCUAUGGUCGUGCUUUACCUCCUCUCACGAUCACUACCAAGCGAACGAAAGAUUUUGGGACAAGGGUCUUCCUGGCACAAGUGCCCAAAGUUCUACAACUCACAAUGUCACUAUUGUUGAUUUCUAUAGCCGUACCUUAGCCUCGCCAACGUCUGCCCCCGGAUCAUCUUAUUACCAGCAGCGUAUCCAACUCAAACCCCUAAUUUCACACACGGUGUCCCGUGAAAACUUCACCAAUUGGGUUCAACAACAAUCGACGUUAAGUUUCGAAAGAGUCCUGGCUAACAUUGGUGACAUUAAUUUGAACCAACUUCACCAAACCGACAAUGUCGCUGAAGGUGCCAUCAUCGCUUCUCCAUCCAAAGAAGCGCCGGACUACUUCUAUCAUUGGAUUAGAGACGGCGCUAUAACGGCAAACACCGUUGUUAAUCAAGUGUGGGAAUCAUCCCAAGCUCCCCAAUCGACGAUCAAUAUAACCCUUGUAGGUACUGUGUUGAAAUAUCUCAACAAUACUUUUAUUCUACAAAGAACCGACAACCCUUCAGGAUCAUUGACCCCAGAUUAUAAGGGAUUGGGAGAACCUAAAUGGAUGGUGGACAAUUCUCCGUUCACUGGUAACUGGGGUCGUCCUCAAAAUGAUGGGCCCCCGCUUCGAGCUAUAACUACCUUCAACUUCUUGCAAACUCUGAGAAAUCUAGACAUGCCGCUGGAAAAAGCUAUCCAGCUGUAUCAAGAAGCAGCUAAGGUUGAUUUGAAUUUGAUUUUCGCCAACGAAAGAGAUCUCUAUGAAAAGAUUUUGAAAUUAGACCUCGAAUUCGUAGCAUCCAAUUGGGAGGCAGAUAGCUUCGAUUUGUGGGAAGAGGUCAAUGGCCAGCACUUUUUUACAACUUUAAGCCAGUUGAAAGCCAUAAAAUUGGGAUGGAACUACCUCAAGAAUAUUCAACCAGAGUUUGACGAUAAGUCUAAUUCGUUGGCAACAAUUUUGCAGGGGAAAUUUCAAGAUGUUCUGACUUUUUUGAUGAAUGACGGCGGCUUCCUUGACGCAAAUAAAAACUAUAUCAUAGAGACCCCAACAAUCUUGGGUAGGAGAUCCGGAUUAGAUAUCGCGGUGCUGAUAGGAUCAAUUUUUACACACGACGAUCAUGGAAGGUCUACAUCUAAUGAUGAUGUUCCCUUCGAUGUCGACGACAGCGGUAUUUUGAACACAUUGCAUGGAUUGGUCAAACAAAUGGAAAUCUUGUACCCCGUAAACCACCAAAGAGCAAACCUGAACCUUGGUGUGGCAUUAGGACGGUACCCUGAGGAUAUUUAUGAUGGCACUGGAGAAUCAGAAGGAAAUCCUUGGUUCUUGGCCACCUCCGCCGCAGCAGAAGUUCUGUACAAGGUGAUAUGGCACUAUCACACGUCGCAGAAGGAUUUGGUAAUUCCAAUGGAUGGCUGGCAAUCUGAGUUUUGGAGUCUCAUUUUCGACAAAAUCGAUAAUGCAUCAAGAGAGUCUGAUAACUGGCAACUGGUAAUCCCCUACAACUCAGCUGCUUACAAGCAAACUAUGGUUUCCCUAUUUACACUGGGGGACUCAUUUUUGGAUAAAGUAAGGGAGCAUGUGAGUACAGAAGGGGACAUGUCAGAGCAGUUCAACAAAUAUACCGGUUAUUUGCAAGGCGCAAAAGAUCUGACAUGGUCUUAUGGUGCAUUUUGGAAUUCUUGUCGCUGGAGAAUGAAAGUCUUCGCAAACAUGUACAACAAUGCAGUUUAG